AAUGGACGCCACAGGUGAUAUACCUCCAUGGAAAUUUAUAUAUUUAGAAGUUUCAAUGCUACUCCCUUCAAUUGUAACAUGUGUACUCUUCUGGAAAUAUGGAUAUCCUAUGAUAGCAUUAUUAACGAUUUUACUAUUCUGCUAUCUUAUAGUACCAGGAUUGUUAUUAUAGUAAUUCAUUAUAAUUACCAAUUAGUCUUGAUAAAGUUUCUACUCAUGUUACAAGAUUAUCAUCAAGUUUUGCUAAUAUUGCCUUGGAAUAAAGUGAAUAACUAAAAAAAGGUAUGAUUUGGUUUGCUGCUUGUUUAACAAUCUCCUUUUUAGCAUUCUUUAUUUCACUCAGUUACAUUCCUUUUUGGUCUUUUCAUACAAUAAAUUUCUUCUACAUGGCAAAUACUGAAAUUAUUGUGGUAGAGAAUAUAAAUAUAGUUAGAUCUCAGUAUUGAUGCUUUUGUUAGAUCCAUUUUUAGAAGAAUUCUUUUGGAGAGUCUUCCUACAGAGUGGUUUAGCUGGUGGAUUAACAUACUCAAAUCCAAAAGAAUGGAUAAUCUGGAUAGUUGCCAUCCAUUAUGGAUUACUUUAUGUCUUCAUUUUUGCAGUUGUUACAUCGUAAUUUCAAUUUAUAUUUACUUAGCAAAUUCUACUAUGCAAUCUUCUGUGCUAUACCGUUCGUAAUUUUCAGUAGAAAAUUUGCAUUUAUUCGUGACUCUGGUGUUUUAACAGCUAUUUUAGGACAUACUGGAUUUAAUCUUGGAUUUGUAAUCGUAUUAAAUUUAUGGUAUUGGAAUAAUUGGGAAGUUCAUGGAUGGAAACCAUAUGACUUUUGAA